GGGCCGCUUUCCGUUGCCCUCCGGCCCCUCUCCCGCAGCGGCGGGCGCGGGGAUGAGGUCCCCCCGCGGCGGGACGGGCGGGCCGCGCCGCACCUGAGCCCCCGCGCCGCCCCCCGCGCCGCCCCGGCAUGGAGGAGAAGUACAGCGGGCAGGCCUUGGCCGCCGGCGGCGGGCUGGGGCCCGUGGAUGUCCCCAGCGCCCGGUAACGGCGGCGGUGGGAGCGUCCUUGGCGGGGGGUGCCCGCUGAGCUGCCCCCCCUCGGGAGCAGCCGGCCUCGCCCUUCCCCCUGCGGGGCGGCGGAGCCGGCGGUGCCGGCAGGGCGGAGCGGCCGCGGAGGGGCGGCGGGCGGAGCGCGGCCGCGGGUGGGAGCUGCCUCUGUCCUCUUGCAGGCUGACCCGCUACAUCGUGCUGCUGUGCGUCGCCAAGGUCCUGAAGGCCGUGGGGCUCUUCGAAUCUUACGACCUCCUGAAAGCUGUGCACCUGGUGCAGUUUAUCUUCCUCGUGCAGCUGGGGUCUGCAUGUUUUAUGGUUUUGUUUCAAAAACCAUUUUCUUCUGGAAAAGUGGUAACUAAGCGUCAGUGGAUCAGAAUUUUUAAGCAUGCUGUUGUGGGAUGUAUCAUUUCACUCUUGUGGUUUUUUGGCCUUACUCUUUGUGGACCACUAAGGACAUUGUUGCUGUUUGAGCACAGUGAUGUGGUUGUGUUAUCACUCCUUAGUGUCUUGUUCACAAGCUCAGGUGGAGGACCAGCAAAGACAAGAGGUGCUGCAUUUUUCAUCAUAGCCGUCAUCUGCUUGCUACUUUUUGAUAAUGAUGACCUCAUGGCUAAAAUAGCAGAACAUCCUGAGGGACAUCAUGACAGUGCUCUUACCCAUGUUCUGUAUACAAUCAUUGCUUUCCUGGGUGUUGCAGAUCACAAGGGAGGAGUACUGCUCCUGGUACUGGCUUUGUGCUGUAAGGUUGGUUUUCACAUCGCUUCCCGGAAACUAUCCGUAGAUGUAGGUGGAGCCAAGCGUCUUCAAGCUUUGUCUCACCUUGUUUCUGUCCUUCUGUUGUGCCCGUGGGUCAUUGUUCUCUCUCUGACAACAGAGAGCAAAGUAGCGUCUUGGUCUUCUCUCGUCAUGCCUUUCAUAACAGUCAUCUUUUUUGUUGUGAUCCUGGAUUUUUACGUGGAGUCCAUAUGCUCUGUCAAGAUGGAAGCUUCCACGUGUGCUCGAUAUGGAUCCUUUCUUACUUUCGUUAGUGCACUGCUUUUUGGCAACUUUUGGACACAUCCAAUCACAGAUCAGCUUCGAGCUAUGAACAAGCCACCACACCAUGAAAGCACAGAGCACGUUCUUUCUGGAGGGGUUGUAGUGAGUGCUGUCUUCUUCAUUUUAUCUGCCAAUAUCCUGUCCUCCCCCUCCAGGAAAGGGCAGAAGGGUACCCUUAUUGGCUAUUCCCCCGAAGGCACACCUCUCUAUAACUUCAUGGGUGAUGCAUUACAGCAGAGCUCUCAGUCAUUACCCCGGUUUAUUAAGGAGUCGCUGAAACAAAUCCUUGAGGAGUAUGAUUCUAGGCAGAUCUUCUAUUUCUUGUGCCUAAAUCUGGCUUUCACUUUUGUGGAACUUUUUUAUGGAGUAUGGACCAAUAGCCUUGGUCUUAUUUCUGAUGGAUUUCACAUGCUGUUUGAUUGUUCUGCAUUAGUGAUGGGGCUUUUUGCAGCUUUGAUGACAAGAUGGAAAGCAACUCGCAUAUUUUCCUAUGGGUAUGGACGUGUAGAAAUUCUUUCUGGAUUUAUUAAUGGCCUCUUUCUGAUGGUAAUUGCUUUCUUUGUCUUCAUGGAAUCAGUGGCCAGACUGGUGGAUCCUCCAGAUAUAGAUACAAAUAUGCUAACUCCAGUCUCUGUUGGAGGGCUAAUCGUGAACCUGGUUGGCAUCUGUGCCUUUAGCCACGCACACUCCCAUGGGGCUUCUCGGGGAGGUUGUCACUCACACGAUCACAGCCAUUCUCACCAUGGGCACAGCCACAGCCACGGGCACAGCCAUUCCCACAGUGACCAUGGGCACAGCCAUGGACAUUCCCAUGGGUCUUCUGGAGGAGGCAUGAAUACCAAUAUGAGAGGUGUCUUUCUGCAUGUGUUAGCAGACACUCUUGGCAGUGUGGGUGUUAUCGUAUCCACGAUAUUUAUCCAGCAAUUUGGAUGGCUCAUAGCUGAUCCACUGUGCUCUCUUUUUAUUGCUACAUUGAUUUUUCUUAGUGUUAUCCCUCUGUUGAAAGAUGCCUGUCAAGUGCUUUUGUUGAGGAUACCUCCAGAACAGGAAAAGGACCUUCAUGCUGCUUUAGAAAAGAUUCAGAAAAUAGAAGGAGUCAUAUCCUACAGAGAUCCUCACUUUUGGUGUCACUCUGCAAGUGUUGUGGCGGGUACAAUACACGUGCAAGUGAUAUCAGAUGUGACAGAACAGCGAAUUGUACAGCAGGUUACAGCAAUUCUGAAAGAUGCUGGUGUAAACAACCUAACUGUCCAAGUGGAGAAGGAAGCUUAUUUUCAACAUAUGUCCGGACUCAGUACAGGGUUUCAAGAUGUCCUUGCAAUGACUCAGCAACUGGAAUCCAUGAAAUACUACAAAGAUGGUACUUAUAUCAUGUGAUACAAAGUUGUGUUCACCAAAGAAGGUGUAAGUGGUGAAGCUGUAGGAUUCCAUAUUCGUAUUACCUUUUGUCAGGGGAUAUUGCACAUACAUGUACAGAAGCAAAUGUAUUAUAUAUUUGGGUUUUUUUAAGCAUACUAUCUUUAUUAAAAUUGGAUCAAUGUGCUUUUAUAAAGGAAAAAAGAUGGACUUGAUUAUUUGCUGCAUAUGUGAAGAUAAUGGAAAUCUCAAAUUCUGUGCUUGAUGAUUAUUAAACAGAACUCUUGCAGCUUUUGGAUGAGCACGGAUAUAUUGCAUACUUUCUCUUAAGUAUAGAACAUCAUUAUAAUUUAAUGUUAGCAAUGGGAAAUUAAAUAGUUCAUAUUGGCAUGCAAACAUAAUCAACUGAAAAGUAUUUUUCUUUCCAACACAGCUUAGGAGACUCUUUGAAUUAAAAAAAUGUACCCGUUUAUUAUGGAAAGUAAAAUGCAAUGUGAAGUCAUGUUUUUUGCAUACUUUAUUAGAUAAUAGAAGUAUACAGGGUUUAUAUUAUGUCUCGGCAUUCAAAUCUGAUUUCUAAACUUAAUUUUAAUAUAUCACAGCAAAUAGAUGCUAUCAUUAUAGAUUUAUAUCAAAUUAUUUUUUUAAGGACAGAAAUCCACAGGUUAACAGUGAGAAACAGAGGGGAAAAACUUGGAGACACUUUUCUGUUUCCUGGGAAGAUUCGGAAUAAAAAAAUCACUCUGUGUAAUUUUUUAUUUUUUUUUUUUUACUUUUAGUAUGAAUAACUGCAAAUGCCUGAAGUAAUUAAUCAGUGAGCCAUCCUAGCACUAAGCUGAACUUUACUUCUUCAAGAUAUGUUACUCUGUCAUUUACGUGAUUUUCUUUUUAAUACCAUAAAACAGCUGCAGGUGUACUAUAGCCAGAGGUACCUUUGUGUCUUACCCAGGGAAGCAGACCAGCUUUAGAAAUCAAAACUGCCCAGUUGUCAGGAACCUGGCAGGUUGCUGAAACAAACUGUAAAUUGAGACUUGUUGACUGGAAGGAGAAAUAGUGUGUUUUGGAAAGAAUUUUGCAUGUUGAGGUCUGAAUACAGCAAAGAAAACAAAUCUCUAUCUUUAGUGAAAACCUGCCAGCAGGGUAAUAAUGUAUGUUGUGAGAAUCUUUACAGUCUUCCUGUGCACCCUUUUCAUCUUGUCUGAAGCCCUUAAAUAUUUUCCUUGGAAUUCAGCAAAUCAGUUCGGUGGUUAGCAAGCAUGAGUAUAUCUUUUAAUCACUCCAUGUAUCACGGCAGUCUUAUUUUGUUAUACUUGUUUUGGUACUUAGCAUCAGUACCUGAGUGUCAUUAUAAAGGCUGCACUUGCUGGAAUCUGAGGACAGUCCUGUGGGAAUUACAUUAUCAGGACAAACUCACCAGCGACGUGGUUUGAAAUGUCCUUGAGCAAGUCUGCUUCUCUUGCGACGGGACUGUUUAUACAAACUACACCGUUUCUUUUGUAGCUGUUAAACAAGUUUACAUUCCUUUCUAUUCCUCCCAUCCUGUGUUAAAACACUAUCUGCAGUACAGGACUGACUUGAAAAACUGUGGUCAGAAAAGCUGUGAAAGUCAUACUGCUUUUACAUAGAGUGGUGAGGCUUGACUGCACAAAUCACUGUCCCUCAUUUCUGAGGACAGCACUGCAGAACCAGCUGAGUUCUCAAAGCUUGAGCCUGUUUUCUUUUGAUUUAUUUAUGCCUUUGGCAGUGGUUGCCUCCUCCUGAAGCCUCAGGUCAGUUGUAUAUGUGCUGCUCAUAUUUGAGGUGAUUGUACUGGAGCUGACAGCAUUUCACCAAACUGAGCAUUGGCCCCAUAGUGAUGGGCAGGUGAAAAGGAGGAUGACUGUUUCCAAAUCAUUAGCUUCCUGCUUGCCACAGCUCUCUCUGAGCAAAUGCUGAUUUCCUACUUCAGCUGCUAGCGACAGGACCCGGAACAAACUAAGGUGGCUGGGACUGUAUGAGAUGAUCAUGACAGUGAAGAUCAGCUCAUACCUGGGUACUUCACAGCAAGUUCACACCUGCACCAUAACACAUGUGACAGCUUUUUGUGUGUUGCUCAACGUGCACACACUUUCUCCUGGCUACCUUCACAGGAAGACAAUGCCAAUAAACCUCUAUCAUAAAUUCAUUUAACAAGAGCCCAUAUGUGGCACUAAUCCUCCAAAGAAGGGUUUGGACUUCCCCCUGCAAGAUCAAUUGAAACUGUUAUGUGAGAGUAGGUUUUCAAAUCACUGAUAUAGGCAGAUUUAUUUAUAUUUUAAUAAAUACUGUGGUGGGGGAACUUUUAGUCUAGUCACUUGGUUGUAUGCAGACUUGUACUUGGAAGUGAACUCUUUCAAAGGUGGAGCAAAGUUUUAAGACAAACUGCAGCUAUGUAUUGUACAUCUGGCAGCAAGCAAAAUCAGUGUUUAUAAUGAGGGAAAAAUAAAUGUGUUUUUCGAUAACA